UAUUACCAUGGAUAUACUUCAUAAAGUUCAUAUAUAGAGGUAUAGUGCCCCCUCCUGUUAUGACCUCAUCUGUCAUCCUCACAAGGCUGUAAAAUUCCACCGCCUGCUUAUAAAGCAAGACUUUCAAGAACCCAAUAGCCGAAGAAAAACCAAGAUAAGCUCUUCAUCAAGUUUUCUUGUUCAAACUUCGAAGGGAUGGGUAGCUUAGAAGAGGAAAGGCUGGUACAAAUGGUGCGUGACUUCAUAGAAUCAGAAUCAUCAGCAGCACCCACAUUUACUGCUUCCUCAAACUGCCUUUCUAUCAACCAAGUCAAGUAUCUCACUUUACAGGAGAUACUUGGGAUAGUAACAGAAGCUGAGGCUGAGGUUUUGGAGACUCUACUGAAGCAUAUGAGAAGCAAAAGUGAUGCUGAGAAAACAACUAGUAAGAAGUUGUGGCUCGUGAAGAGGCUGAAAAUGGAUGGUUUCAAUGCUUCCCUUUGUCAGACUUCAUGGGUCACUUCCUUAGGAUGCCCUGCUGGGGAUUACGAGUACAUUGACAUCACAUUGGAAGAUGAGAAUGGUGGCACAAUGAGGCUCAUAGUGGACCUAGACUUCAGGUCCCAAUUCGAACUGGCAAGACCAACACCAUUCUACAAAGAACUAACAGACACACUCCCAUUAUUUUUUGUGGGCAGUGAAGACAAACUCCACAAAAUAAUCUCUCUGCUUUGCUCAGCUGCGAAACAGUCCCUUAAAGAGAGAGGGCUCCAUUUGCCUCCAUGGAGGACUAGCACUUACAUGCAGUCCAAAUGGCUAUCCAGGACUUGCAAAGUCGCUAGCGCCACUAACAUUGGUUACAGCAACAGAGAAAAUAGGGAAGCUAAAAAUGGGUACAGCAGCAUGUGGUCACCUCCAAUGGUUAAGCCCAAGAGAAGGGGUUGGGGUGGUGGGUCUGGCUUGUCUAGUCAGCCUCUCUAGCAUGAGCGUAAAUUGUUGCUGAACAUUUUGCUGCUACCCAGUCCAGUCCUAAUUUUGACAGACACGACAGCUUUUUGUAAUGUAAUGUUACCAAGUAUAUAUGCAAAAACAAUACACGUUUUGAUUACAUUAAUUUUGCUAAGCAUGUUACUCUCUAGAGAGAAAUUUUCUUUAUUUUUUUUGCCCUCUUCGAUUAUCAUUGGUUCAAUUGAUAGCCAUUUUACAGGCU